UAAAUGAAAUUGUGGCCAAAAAGUGUAGAAAUUUAUAAUAAAAGAAAAUUUGGGUGUUAUACGGCAAAGCGUGAAGAAACUGGGCUAAUGCGAAAAAUUGUCCACAUAUACCUAGCUACAUACUCAUAUAUAUGUAAACUAUGAAUGAAAUGUAAAAUUGUGUGUGUGUGGUCAUGUGAAAUUACGGAAGCCUGUCUAAAUUAAAUGUGGUUAUUGAAUAAUAAAAAAAAAUUAACGACACCCGGCCCAGAUAAGUGUUAUCAGCUAAGGGUGUAUAAAAGAAAAGUAUGCGCCACAAGUUGUUGGUAUUACUUUAGUGGCUAAACCAUUUAAGAGUACCCUAAAAUGUGCAAAUAAAGACUUGUUAAUAAUUUAUUAACAGAUUUGGAUGCAAACAGAGUCUUCCCCGGCAGCCACAAAAAAAGAGAAAAAGAAAAGUAAAACUCUAACAACGACCACGUAUUCAAAAAAAUUAGUCAUCUCCCAGUUAACAGUGGAGUAAUAUCGUAGCAAAAAAGAAUACAGGCAGACAGACAACAACUUGUUUGUGUUGUUAUAAUUUCUUGUUGUUGUUUUGCCUAAUGACAAUAAGUGCUGUCAGAUACUUGUUUGUGUUUUGUGUAUUUUUCUCAACACACAUCUGCGGCAAUAGUAAACACAAGACUCCCUCCCCCGUGUGCCCAGCUCUCGUCUCAUUGUGUUACGUUUACGCGCUCUUUGCCAAAUAACAGCAUUGCUCUCUUUCCCCACCGCCUCUCUCAAUAACAGUUUCUUUUUCAAAAUAACCAUCAUCCAUCGCAACCAAACAUGACAAUUGACAAUGAUGUUGUACCUUUGAGAGACUUCGACGAAGAGUCUGAUGGGGAUUCUGAGACAGAACUCAUACGCCACCAUGACGAUAAAUACUCUGCCCAACAGCAACAACAGCAGCGCCACAAACGUGGAGGCCGCCAACAUGACUCUCUGUUCUCACCGCAAACAUAUGGUAACGGCAGCACUCAGAAAAAUUUUCUCAGUCAAAUUUUUUCUGUCGUCGGUGGUGGUUCGUCUUCGCGGCUCGCACGUUCUAAUCCCUCUACCCAGCAAACAAAGUACAACAAUAACAAUAAUCACCAGACAUCGAGACGAGAUAAUUUAGCAUCUUCUACUUCAGCGUCGUCAUUAACGCGUAUCGGCGGUGCGGACGGUGGCGGUAGCAGUCAAAUACGUUUUCGCAAUGAACGUAGCCGUGAACGGUAUUACGCCAAAUCAACGGAUUUCUCGGAUAUAAAUAAUGCGGCCUCAGCCGCCAAAUACACCAACAACAACAACAAUUCGUCGUCCUCUUCGUAUAGUCUAAAUAAUUUCAACGCCUCCGAACGUUUAGAAUCGGGCAUGACGGGCUCAUACAACUACUACAGCGAUACCAUACAAAUGUCCGGCAUGGAAAAUCCAACGAAACCAAAAUCAGCAACCACAACUACCUCCCCAGUUGCAGCGUCGGCCGGUGGUGCAUCCCAUGGUAGUGGGGAUGCUGCUGGUGCGGCAACAACCGUUAAUGGGGUCCUGCAAACCGUUAUCGAUCCGGAUAAUGGUUCAACAACAGUGUUCUAUCAAAAGAAUCGUCGAAAAAGUAAAAGACGUUCCUUUGGCAAUAUGUGUAAAAUGUGUUUGUGUGGCUGCUGGAGAAAAUGGUUUGCCCCACGCGAACUACGAUCUCGUACCGUCCAUUUGGGACGAGCAACAACAGAAAAAUUCCCACCGAAUGAAAUUCGUAAUCAAAAGUACAAUUUCAUAUCGUUCCUGCCUUUGGUACUUUUCGAACAGUUUCGUUUCUUUUUGAAUUUGUAUUUUCUGUUAAUGGCUCUCUCACAAUUUAUACCCGACAUAAGAAUUGGCUAUCCCUAUACCUAUUGGGGACCGCUGGGUUUUGUGCUAACCGUGACAAUAUGUCGUGAGGCUAUCGAUGAUUAUCGCCGACAUCAGAGAGAUCGUGAAGUGAAUUCACAAAAAUAUAAACGACUAAUCAUCAGCGAUACGAGGGGAUAUGAAAUGGUACCCUCGUCGAAAUUGAAAGUGGGUGAUAUGAUUAUUGUGGAGAAAAAUGAAAGGGUACCGGCUGAUUUGGUUUUAUUGCGUACAAGCGAUAAAAGUGGCAGCGUUUUUGUGAGGACCGAUCAAUUAGAUGGUGAAACUGAUUGGAAACUACGCUUGGCCGUACCCUAUACCCAGAAAUUGAAUAAGGAUUCCGAUUUAUUUAACAUUGAUGCCAGUGUUUACAUUGAAAAGCCUCAAAAUGAUAUUCAUUCCUUUAUUGGCAAUUUUUCCAUGACCGAUGGCAGUGAGGACACAGGUUUGAAUGUGGAGAAUACCUUGUGGGCCAAUACCGUGGUGGCUGCUGGCACAGCAACCGGCAUUGUUAUCUAUACUGGCUGUGAAACGAGAAGUGUUAUGAACAACUCUCAACCACGCUCCAAAGUGGGUUUAUUGGAUAUGGAAAUAAAUGGCUUGACUAAGGUACUCUUCUGUGCCGUUUUGGGUCUCUCCCUGGUCAUGAUGAUGCUAAAGGGCUUCAGUGGUCCCUGGUAUCGUUAUAUGUUCCGUUUCGUCUUACUUUUCUCCUACAUCAUACCCAUUAGUUUGAGAGUCAACUUAGACAUGGGUAAGGCCUUCUAUUCAUGGCAAAUGCAGAAUGAUCCUGAAAUCCAAGGCACCGUGGUACGUUCCACAACCAUACCCGAAGAACUGGGCAGAAUAUCCUAUGUUUUGACAGACAAAACCGGUACCCUUACACAAAAUGAAAUGGUCUUUAAGAAAAUCCAUUUGGGUAUUGUUUCGCAUGACAACGAUACAUUCCAUCAUGUAUCGGAAAUAAUAAGCUCUCUGGCACCGACCAUAUUUCGUUCAAGCUCAUCUUCAGAAUCUAGUGCCACCAAACCGACCACAAUCUACAACAAUCGCAUGCGUCGUCCUGAGGGCUGGCGUGAAUGGGAAGCUGUAAAGGCUUUGGCAUUGUGUCACAACGUUACACCCGUUACCGAUGAAGAUGACAAUCGUUCGGUGUCCACUUCGUCCACAUUUACAUCGGGCGGCGGUGGUUCAUCUUCUCCCACAAAAUAUGUGAUCAACAUGGAUGUUGCCUCUUCGACAAAUGAACAUCAAUAUCAGGCUUCUUCGCCCGAUGAAAUUGCCUUGGUUAAGUGGACCGAACAAGUGGGUUUGACCCUGAUUGCUCGUGACAUAACUUCCAUGACAUUGCAGUUGAGAACCCAUAAGAAAUCCUCGGACCAAUAUCAAAGCGAAGACGAUGGCCUUUUACAUUUCCAGAUAUUGCAAAUCUUCCCCUUUACCAGCGAAAGCAAACGUAUGGGCAUUAUUGUAAAGGAUUCACAAACCGGUGAAAUUACAUUCUACUUGAAGGGCGCAGAUGUGGUCAUGCAAUCCAUAGUCCAAUACAAUGAUUGGCUAAGUGAGGAAUCUGGGAAUAUGGCACGUGAAGGUCUCCGGACAUUGGUGGUGGCCAAGAAGGUGCUGAGCGAAGAGCAAUAUAAUGAUUUUGAGACACGUAUAAAUGCGGCCGGUAGCAGCAAAACUGAUCGGGCAGCCAAAGUGGCGGCCGUUGUGGAAUCAUUGGAAAGAGAAAUGGAGCUCCUGUGUUUGACUGGUGUUGAAGAUCGCCUUCAAGAUGGUGUCCGACCAACUUUGGAACUUUUGCGCAAUGCUGGUGUCCGUGUAUGGAUGUUGACGGGCGAUAAAUUAGAGACCGCAUGUUGCAUUGCCAAAUCUUCUCAGUUGAUUGGCCGCAAUCAGGGACUACAUGUUUUAAGACCAGUCAAGACUCGUACCGAUGCCCAUUUGGAGCUAAAUCAAUUUCGCCGCAAACAAGGACAUGCCUUGGUCAUUUCUGGUGAAUCUUUGGAAGUUUGUCUCCAGUACUAUCGUUUGGAGUUCUUGGAAUUGGCCACAGCUUGUCCAGCUGUAGUCUGUUGUCGUUGCAGUCCCACUCAGAAAGCUCAAGUGGUACAACUUAUCCAGAAGCAUACCGGCAAACGUACCUGUGCCAUUGGUGAUGGUGGCAACGAUGUCAGUAUGAUCCAGCAAGCUGAUGCCGGUGUUGGUAUUGAGGGACGUGAGGGUCGUCAAGCCUCUUUGGCUGGUGAUUUUAGUUUGCCUCAAUUUUCUCACAUCGCCAAACUACUGCUGGUUCAUGGUCGUCGUUCGUAUAAACGUUCCGCUGCUCUCUCACAGUUUGUCAUACAUCGUGGCCUAAUUAUUACCACUUUACAAGCUGUAUUCUCGGCAGUUUUCUAUUUGAGUUCAGUGGCUUUGUAUCAAGGUUUCCUUAUGGUGGGUUAUUCUACACUCUACACCAUGUUUCCAGUAUUCUCAUUGGUUCUAGAUCAAGAUAUAACAUCAACCACAGCUGUCACCUAUCCGGAACUCUAUAAAGAUCUGUCGAAGGGUCGCAGUUUGAGUUACAAAACAUUCUUUAUAUGGGUCCUAAUCAGCAUAUAUCAGGGUGGUGUCAUUAUGUAUGGCGCCCUGAUAUUGUUCGAGGAUGAAUUCAUCCAUAUUGUGGCUAUAAGUUUUACAUCGUUGAUUAUGACAGAGCUGAUUAUGGUGGCGUUGACGGUGAGAACAUGGCAUAGACUAAUGGUGCUGGCCGAGCUAUUCAGUUUAGCUUUAUAUUUAAUUUCGCUGUUUGUUUUACAUGAGUAUUUUGAUUGGGAAUUUAUAUCCUCUUACGAUUUCCUGUGGAAGGUCUCGAUUAUCACCCUGGUGUCCUGUUUACCUUUGUAUAUAAUUAAAUUUUUACGCAAGAAAUGUUCACCGCCUUCAUAUUUGAAAUUAACAUAAAUCGGAAAGUGAUGAGUGCUCGUCUAUUUUUUUUUAUAUGCGACGACAAAUUUUACAAGAAAAGGUUUAUUAUUAUUAUUAUUAUUUUUCUUAUUCUAAUUAUAUGAAGUAAUUUUAAUAAUUUUUAAGUAUAACCUAAAUGUAGUGUAUAUCGUAUAUCAUAAAAAAAAAACAAAACUCCCCCUCAAAUUAUAUAGUUUGUUUAUGUUAUUUAUUAAUUUUAAACAAAUUUUGUUAAUCGAUUGUGUUUUUUUUAUUAUUAAAUAUUAUUUAAGCAAGCUUUAAUUUUACUACCAACAACCCAUAAUUGGAAAAAAAUCAAAUCGAAAAUGGAAAAAUCAACAAAGAAGGUGUAGCAAAAAAGGCCUCGACAAAGUUACCCUUAGGAAAUCUCAUUUUUUUACAAAUUUAUAUAUUUUAAUUCAAAACUACAACAGAGAAGUGUUAAAUCAAAUUUAAUACAUUUUCUUUAGUUUGUUGUUUUUUAUGAUUUUGUAAACCAAUUUUUUGUUACAAAUCCCCCGCCCCAAAGCGUUUUUUGCUAUUAACCUUCAACAAAAGAAAGUGAUAAUUAAUUUAGUUUAUCUCAUGUUGCUAAAAAACAAACAAACAUACAACUAAUUAGGAUAUUAAACAAAUUCCAAAAAAAUAUUACAUUAAUACUUCCCCUCCACCACAGCCCUCAGUUUAUGAAAUUCUUGCAUCCUUAUUUCCCCAAACUAUUUUGUGGCUUCUUUGCCACAAAAAUAGAAAUUAAAACACAUCCAAACUAUAAAAAUGCAUUUCUUAUUGUUUAUACAAAAAAAUAUAUAUGUUUUAUUUUGCACAUAUCCUAUGAUUUAUUAUUUUCUUUUUUAAGUUAACUAUUUAACAGAAUAAACCAAAUAUUAUUAAACAACAAAAAAGGACGCCUAAUGUAA